AUGUCGACAAACGUUUUCGUUGCUCUUUGUCUGAUUGGGCUCUAUACCAUUUACACCAUAUCGUGUCUUAUUCGAAACAUCACCGUUGCCAAGACUAUUGGUAUUCCGGUUGUCUGGAGCCCCAUAAGCCCCUUAAACCCAUUCUGGAUCAUCUUCAACAAACGAGUUACACCAAUCCUUCAGCGCCUUCCUCUAGGCUUGGGCGAUUGGACCACGUACAAUACUCUUGAUUGGACAUGGACUGACCGGACACAUGGCAACUCCCAAGUUCAUGACAAGCAUGGCAACACCUUCGCUCACGCCACGCCGAGAGAAGUUGAGAUUCACACUCGGGAUCCUGCAGUAGCUGUUCAAGUGCUCCGAAAGCAGGCGAACGACUUUCCCAAAAUAAGCCAUUACGCCAAAAUCCUAGACGUACUGGGCACGAGUCUGGUAUCCUCAGAUGGCGAUGAUUGGACUCGUCACCGGAAGGCGACUGUCGCCACUCUGAGCGACAGGACCAAUCGUCUCGUGUGGGCAGAAAGCGUCCGACAGACUCAGCAAAUGGUUCAUCAUUAUCAACGCUCUUCACAGGGCCUAAUCUGCGAUCCUGUGGACGAUGUCCGCGAACUUUACCUUCAUGUCUUUACCAGCGUUUGUUUCGGCUUUACGUAUGACUUCAAGCAGCCCGAAAGAGACUGCGUCCCAAAAGGACACUCGCGAAGCUACAAGUACUGUCUCCACACCAGUCUCAAGGACAUUGUCAUCCUUCGGCUGGUGCCAAGUUGGGCUAUGAGAUUUCCUGCCCUGCCACAGAGGAUUAAGAACUUCCGAGAUGCCGUGGCCGAGAUGCGGCAGUAUCUCGAUGAAAUGAUCAGUGACUGCAAAGACAGUCUCAGAGGCAGCAGGAAAAAGACGCAGAAUGACAACUUACUUAGCUUUAUGGUAAAGAGGAACAGAAAUUUGGAGGUUCAAACUCGCAUGGAUAAAUUCACGGAUGACGUUAGACCUGAAUUCCCCUCCGGGGCGAUUUUCAAUAUCAAGUCUGACACGCUUAUAGAACGAGACACUCCGAUUGUACCCUUCGGUCACAGUCCUUCCCAAAUGCAGCGGGUCGAAAGCAACGACUUUGCUUGUUGGUAG